UCAAUUUUCGAGACUAUGAAUUUGAAGUAUUUAACGAUGGUAAAUCGUAUGGUGCUGCCAAGGCUAUAUGUGAAGGAAGAAAUGCAUGGCUUGUUGAAAUAAAAGAUGAAGAAACUCAGGCUGCAGUAAGACAGUUAACAACACAAUAUAUUUGGAUCGGUUUGCAUUAUGACAGUGGGUGAAAAUGGAACAACAUAGCUGCAUUGAAAUAUACCAAUUGGGCCACCGAUAAUCCCCGAACUAUUAGCAGCCUUCAUAAUAACUACUGUGGAGCAUCUAUAACUUCCGAUGGAAAAUGGCUUAACAGUGACUGUGAAGCCGGGUUGCGGUAUGUAUGUCAAUUAGAUCUUACCUGGGCCCUUUAUAACAGUAACUUGGCUUUAACAAUAAUUAGCAGUCCGAAGAAAUCAGUUGCUGAUGCGAUAUCAUCUUGUACUGCAAUUGGAAAAAGCUUAGUUUCUAUCACAACUAAUGCAUUAGAUUCAUUUCUGACGGCAAAACUAUCUCAUAAACAUUUAAUUUUCAGUGGAACCAUUAAUUACUGGACAAGUGGAAGUGAUUCAGAGACAGAAGGCAAUUGGAAAUGGGGAGAUGGAACAGCUUUUGGUAAAGAUGAUCAGAAUUGGAUGAGGUGGACAGAAUGGGACGAGCCAAAUGGGGGAACAAACGAAAACUGUUUGAUGAAAUAUGCCGGGGCAAAUUAUAAAUGGAUUGAUGCAAGUUGUUCAGCAGAAGCUGCUUAUAUAUGUCAGAAAGGUGUGUCAUCUGGGAACUGCGGUAGUGAUGUGUGCCUAAACAAGGGAAGCUGCAAGGUUAAGAAUUCACGGUAUACAUGCACAUGCAAUGCGGGGUAUUUUGGAACAAAAUGCGAAAAAGAUCUUAUCUCAAUCUCUACAACGAGUGAAACAAGACGUUUGAAAAGUGGAGAAAGCAUCUAUGUUCAACUCGACAUUACAUCAUAUGAUGGAAACGUUACUGUUGACGUUAGAAAUCAGAAUAACGUAAAAACUAAAACCGUUACGACCAGCAAUAUCAGUAGCAGCAAUCCUUCAACUACGUUGACAAUCAACAUUGGUCCCAUAGAAGUUUUAUCGACAACUAUUUUGUACAAGUUUGAAGCUGGUCCCAAGGGAAACAAUCUUUACUCGAGAGUAGUUGUUCUGACAUUGGUAGUUAAUGAUGCCUGCGAUUCAUCACCUUGUAAUAAUGGGGCCACCUGUCAAUAUACGACUGCAGAGCCAUAUUACAAUUGCACUUGUCGGCCAGAAUACAAUGGCACUGCGUGUGAAGAACCAACGUAUAACCUUAAUAAAAAUUGCAAAUAUCACGUCAACUUUUACAAAAAGAAAACAUUCGGUGACGCAAAUACAACUUGCAAUAGUCUUGGUGGAACAGUCGCGAUGAUGAAAACAGACGCAAUACAAGAUUUUGUUGAAAGUCAAAUAAUAGAUCAAUAUGGCAAAGAAGGAGGCACAAUUGCAUUUGGAUUGGAGCUUACAAACCAAAUACUGAUUGGUUGUGGGUUGACGAUACGCCCAUUACCAAUAACAAGUGGGCGUGGUCUUCGGUGAGCCAAGGAAAUGGAUAUUUGUUUAUGAGUUCCUAUUCAACAACGAGGAAUAAUAUGAAGUGGUUUAAUGAUGACGGCUCUUCAAAGGGAUAUGUUUGCGAGGUUCCGGCCAUUGACAGAUGUUCAACAUCUCCCUGUCUUAACUCGGGAACAUGCAUACAAAUUGGUUGUCAAAGAAAGUGCAAAUGCAUGUGGGGUUUUACUGGAGAAAAUUGUGAAACAAGAAUAUCUCAGAUUUCAUGCUUCCAGUCCGAAAUUUCAAUCAAAUGGAAUCAAGAAAAGCACAAGUUUGGAAGUGUAUACAAACUUCAUUUAGAGGAUUUGAUGUCAAAGACAAGUAAAGUUACGAACGUACAAAUCUUGCUGACUAAUGAACCAACAAUAAAUAUCGGGAAUGUAUCUGAACCGACACCGAUUCACUGCGUCUCAAGCACUCGUCUUUCCAUAUCACCCAAUAAAUAUAUCCUUGUGGAUCUGUGGGUAGCUCGGAUUAGAAUGUCAUUGAAAUCCGUUGCUAAAGUCUAUCAUAUCUUUGAUGAAUCAAAGUUCAAAGUCGAAUUUGUUGACUUGGCGUAAAGUUAAACUUCUUUAUAAUUUCAUUGAGACUCUCAAGGGAUUGUCAUGAUGUUGUAUGAACUCUUUUUUGACAUUGCUGGACUAUUGUUUACAAACUUGAAUUUUUAUCUUAGGUCACUCAAGGUACCG